UCCACCUAUCAUACCUAAUAUUGGGGGCAUGGCGCCACACCCAGUUCCAAUUUGCUAAUGAAAUCGUGGAUAAGCGCCAUUGGGGAAAACGAGGGGCCGAGGGAUUUACUAGCAAAAUAUUCCCAAAUAGCGCCCGUUCCCGGGGACCUUUAUCGUUGCCAUUAGAUCAUAUUCGAGAAGAACGCAGGUUAAACUGCCCCUAAGCGGCCCGCGAGUUCUCAAGACCCCACCGCUACGAUACGGAAAUACGGAGCUAAUCGAAGAUGGCCGCCCCCACCGAAGAGGUGUAUUUCAAACUGCCCCCUUACACCCGCCCAAUCACGACGACGAAACCGGAGGCUCAGACUUGGUGCGAGUACGGUCUCACCUGGAGUUACUCCUUCAACCAUGCCGAGUCGACGUGGUGUUUCGAGAAGGCAAUUGCCAUCGAUCCCGAAUGCGCCAUGGCGCACUGGGGGUUGGCCUAUUCCAUAGGCCCGAACUACAACAAGCCCUGGAACAACUUUGACGACGGCGACCUCGAGAAGACCCUCCAGCGGAGCCACGAAGCGGUGCGGAAGGCCAAGUCUCUAGCGCCGAAAGUGACCGCCGUAGAACAGGGGCUCAUCAACGCCCUCCAGUAUCGCUACCCAAACGAUCAAGGGCCCAAAGACGCCCUCGCGUCUUGGAAUCUCGCCUACGCCCGGGCCAUGAAAACAGUGCAUGACGACUUCCCCGACGACCUCGACGUGGCCGCCCUCUACGCCGACGCCCUCAUGAAUCUGACACCCUGGGCCCUGUGGGAUCUGCGCACCGGAGAGCCCGGCCCUGGAUCGCAGGCCCUAGAGGUGCAGCGGGUUCUUGAGCGCGCCCUCGCACAGGACGGUGGCCACGACCACGCGGGCCUGCUGCACUUCUACGUCCACCUGACCGAGAUGUCAACCGAGCCGGAGCGCGCCCUGGUGGCGGCGGACAACCUUCGCCGCAUCGCCGCCGACGCCGGCCACCUGUCGCACAUGCCCUCACACCUGGACAUCCUUAUCGGCGACUACCGGCGCGCCAUGGCUGCCAAUGCCGAGGCCCUCCGCGCCGAUGCCAAGUUCGUCGCGCGCCGGGGUGACACGGGCUUCUACUCUGUGUACCGCAUGCACAACUACCACUCGCUCAUCUACGCGGCCAUGUUCGCCGGCCAGUUCAAGGUCGCCAUCGCCGCGACGGACGAGAUGGAAGUAGCCAUCACAGAGGACCAGCUCCGCAUUCAGUCGCCACCCAUGGCCGACUGGCUGGAGGUCUUCUGCGCCGUCCGCCCCCACGUGCUCAUCCGCUUCGGCCGGUGGCAGGACAUCAAGGACCUCCCGCUCCCGCUGGAUCAAGACCUCUACUGCGUCACCACGGCGACCCUGCACUACGCCAAGGGCGUCGCCUGGGCCGCAACCGGUGAUGUAGCCAAAUCGACCGAGGAGCGCGAGCUCUUCCUGGCGGCCAAGGCGCGCGUCCCGGAGACGCGCAUGGACUACCCCAACCGGUGCGUCGACAUCCUCGCCGUCGCCGAGGCGAUGCUGGACGGCGAGCUCGAGUACCGGCGCGGCGACGACGUCGAGGCGGCGUUCGCGCUCCUGCGGCGCGCCGUCGAGCUCGACGACGGCCUCGUCUACAGCGAGCCCUGGCCCUGGAUGCAGCCGGCGCGCCACGCCCUCGCCGCGCUGCUGCUCGAGCAGGGCCGCGUCGGGGAGGCGGCCGAGGUCUACCGCGCCGACUUGGGGCUGAACGACACGCUGUUCCGGGCGCGCCAUCAUCCCAAUAACAUCUGGGCGCUGCACGGGUACCACGAGUGCGCGGUUAGGCUCGGGCUGCAUGGCGAGGCCCGGAUAAUCCAGCAGCAGCUGAAGACGGCGCUGGCCUUUGCGGAUGUGCCCAUUGUGUCGUCUUGUUAUUGCCGGCAGGGAGAGAUCCAGGAUGGGUCAGGGUCUCAAGUUAACAGCGUAGAUAAAUGCCAUUAA